ACCACUUGCUGGGGCUGUUGUCGCCUCGCCACUGCACCCAAAAGAUGCACUGAUUUUCGCAGGAAUGACAUGAUAUGGGAUUUGUAUCUAAACUAGUAAAUGCAACAGCGUCACCUUCCCUUUGCGACGCCAUGGCAUCAAUAACAGAAGCGCAAUUCUGGCAGGCGAUUGGAAUACUGAUCAGAAACUACCAUGCCCUGAACAAAAGGAUCUUCGAGGUGGUCAUUACCCAAGUGGAGAAACAGAAGGAUGGGCGACUGUGCGAGUCCAGCGAAGAGGAGCUGGUGAAGACCCUCCAGGACAGACCAAGCAAGCGCACGUGCAGCGGCUUCAAGAUUGGGUUCAAGCUGCUGCCCAAGAAGCUGCCGGAGAACAUCCUGGGCACAGGGACUAUAGACUUUGCAAAAUGCCUUUACGAGUGCCAGUUUGCCAGCGACAAGCUAGAAGAUUUCUCGGCGCGGCUUCAGGAAGGACAGCUUCUACUGGAGUCCGAACAGAACUCCAACUGGUUGCAGUACGUUGUCAAGCACAAACUCCUUAACUGGUCCCAGUCCAAGCAGGAUGAAAAGAAGGACAGAUCAAUGCGCUUGGUAAGCUUGGAACAGUACAAUGAUCUGUACAAGGAGUUGAAACGAAAGCACUCCCAGCAUCUGAUUGACCUGUGGAAAACGGCCCAAGAGUCCACGGAUCCGUUGAAGUUCAUCUACGAGGAUUUGGCCAUCGCCGCUUAUCUGAUUUGUGUGUGGCGUUCAACGACUCCCGAUGCUUUCGCCGACUUGGGUUGCGGAAACGGCCUGCUGGUGCAUGUCCUUAAUGCCGAGGGUUUCAAGGGCUACGGCUACGAUGUAAGGAAGCGUAAACUAUGGUCCCUCUAUCCGGCGGACACGCAACAAUGUCUCUUCGAGAAGACCGUUGAGCCCAACAACUUCCGCUUGGAUUUUCCGGAAAUAAAUUGGUUAAUUGGCAAUCAUUCGGAUGAGCUGUCGGCCUGGAUUCCGGUUAUUGCUGGUCGCCUGAACCUUAGCUAUUUUCUGCUACCCUGCUGUCCCUACGAACUUUCGGGGGCCAAGUUCCGCCGGCGAAAUACCAAAAUAAGUGCCUACCAGGACUUCUGUAAGUACAUCAAACUGGUCUCAGAGAAAUGCGGUUUUCCCCUGGUCAUACAAGACCGCCUCAAAAUUCCGAGCACCAAGCGCUUGGGUCUGAUCGGAAUCAAAAGGAGACCCACAAUACCUAUUGAGGACCUGGAGUACUUCGUCCAGGAGGAGUUAAGGAAGUACCGAACAGGAGAGUCCGAAGUUAAGCUACGCGAAAAGGAGGAACGUGUUCGCAACUGCACGCAGGUGGAUAAAUCCAUUAUCGACGCCCUGGUGCUGAAGAUCUUCAACCAGCUCCUGGCUGCCAACGAGGAUAAGUGGUCGGGUCGCCUGCCCAUGCGGGAGAUCGCCCAGAGUCUAACCAAAGAAGAGCUGAGUGGCAUUAAGUCCGAGUGCGGCGGCAUCAAAACGCUGCUGAGAAAUAAGCACGAGGUUUUCGAGUUUUGCGGUGGCGACCUUAUAGGAAUACGAACUCCCAAGCCCAUGGAUCAGCGUCUCCGGGCCCGUGUGACCACCAAAAAGCGUAGUUGCUUCUUCAAGCAGCAUCAUCCGCUGGGGUGUCCUCUCGAAGAUGCCGUGUGCUCCUUUAUACACUAACCUUAAGUAUUACGUGUGUGGCCCUCGCUCACGUUUAUUGUUUGGAUUAUAAUAUAAAGAGAAGUCCAUAA